CUCCACAAGACAUGUUGGUGGCACAACCACUCCUCACCGCCCACCCAUUACCCAAUUAGGCAAUUUAUAAACUUUUCUCAGCCUCGCCACCACCACCAAACUCACAUCCCACUUUUCCCUUCACAAAAAAAAGCUUAUCAUCACGUGUCACGGCACCAAAUACAGUUUUCAAAUAAACAACCUACGCCUCCCUCCUACCCCUCCAACCACCCCUCUCCACCCUUCCACAAACCCUCAUACUCCAGCUUCAUACCCCGCAAGCCGAAGAACAGGCAGGAUGCCUAUCUCCAAGAAAGCCAGAGUCCAGCGCGAGCACAAGAAGGCUGAUGCAGCCGGUACCCGCGUCCCCGUCAAGGCCAACGGUCUCCCCGUCAAGGCUCCCAAGGCGACUUCCAUAUGCGCAAACUGCCGCAAGGAGAUCGUCAGCUCGAAUAAGACCCAGCUACAGGUGCAUGCCGAGACGCAUGACCAGAAGCUGUGGUCGAAGGAGAAGUGCUGGCCUAAUGACUUUUCGGCUGCUGCUUAAGUGAGUCGAGUCGGCGUGGGAGGUGGUGAGGGUGAAGAGGUAUGGCCAACGUCUGGGAUGAAAAGUAGAUGUGGGAUGGGGUGGAUGGUGUUUGCUGGGCGGGCUGCGAGGGGAGAGGCUGGCUGGCGUCUUUAAUGGCUACUGAUAUGAAGUUUUACCCUGAGCCUGGCUUGCUGUGGUGUUUUGGCUUUGG